AUGGAUGUUCUGACAAUCCUCCUUGCAAUUUUUAAUGCAGUGUUUAAAUUAGCCGUGAUUGCUUUCGCAGGAUUUUUCGCGACAAAAACUUCUGGAUUUACUCCAGAAAUCAGAAAAGGCUUUUCAACAAUAGUCUUCCACUACUUUUUGACGGCAGUCAUCUUUUCCCAAACUGCGACAAGUAUGGAUACAAUAAUAACAUUGGUUGAAUGGUGGUUUCUACCGUUUGCUGGUGUUAUUGUAUUUGUGAUUGCAUUUCCGGCCAUGUAUAUCAUUGGUAAGUUGUUUAAGCUUGAUACAAAGACACGGAGAGUUUUUGUGUAUUCCAUAUCAUUUGGAAACACUAUGUACAUCCCUCUUGCACUUGUUGAUAGUAUCACUUCUGAGACUGAUUUGUUUGGAGAUAAUGGUAAAGAAAAAGGCGGUGCGUAUAUAUGUGCGUAUUUGAUUGCGACAUCUCUUAUCUAUUGGAUAUUUGGAUACACCUACAUCCAGAAAAACCAAGUUGCAACGGACGAAGAAAACAAAAAGCAAAUCAAAUUGGAGGAUGAACUUUUAACAGUUCAACAUGAAGACUCCACGAAAGUUGAAAAAAAUGAACUAAACACAGACGCCGAGCAAAAAAGUUUGACAAAUGAGAAAUCUCAAGUGGAUACAAAAGAGAUACCGCAAACAACACUUCUUGACGAAGAAACGAAAUUGUCGAUUUUCAAGCGUCACCUGAGCAACUUAUAUGAGAAGGUAAAACACAUGUUCUCAAUAGUACAUGGCUUGUAUCUAAAAUACAUCCCCGCCUCAGUACGACUCGGUUUGUCCAAAUUAGUAAACCCUCCAACACUGGCAACCAUUUUUGGGUUGUUCAUGGUCAUCAUCAACCCAGUUCGCGACUUAUUCUUUGAUGGAGGAAAGUUUGAUAUUAUUGGGCGCACGCUCUCAUAUAUUGGGAGUGCCGCUGUUAUAUGUGCUCUAUUCAUUCUUGGUGGCAAUUUGUCGAGUGGGCCGCGUGGUGGAAAGAUUCGUUGGUAUGUCAUCAUCAUUGGGUUGUUUACACGUCUUGUAAUUGUCCCCGCGAUUUGUAUUGGAAUAAAUUACUUGCUGUGGUACUACAAGUUCAUCCCAACAGACAACAUGUUCUUUUUUAUUGUUUCCAUUGAAGCUUGCACCCCUCCUGCACUCAACAGUUCUCUGGUGAUGAAUAUGAUAUACCCCGACGGAAACGAGGAGUGUGGCUCGCUUCUUUUUUUCGCUUAUUUGAGCGCAAUCGCCACCUUGUCGGGGUGGAUGGCUGUCAUCAUGUUACUUAUCCAAACAAAACCAAAUUGA